AUGCAAAUCUUGAACGAAAGAGGCUAUUUAUUUACUACGACCGCCGAACGGGAAAUUAUCCGUGACAUGAAAGAAAAGCUUGCAUAUGUGGCUCUUGACUUUGAACAAGAACUGAAAACCACAAAGGUUAUUGAAAAGAAAUAUGAUCUACCCGAUGGGCAAGUUAUCACGAUUGGUACAGAGAGAUUUCGUUGUGCAGAGAUUCUGUUUGAACCAUCUUCAAUUGGAAUAAUAGCUCCUGGUAUAGUUGACCGAAUAAGAAAGGGAAUUACUGCCCUUGCACCUAGUAGCAUGCAGGUUAAUCUUAUUGCGUUGCCUGAGAGGAAACAUAGUGCCUGGAUCGGAGGAUCAAUCCUUGCAUCUCUCAGCAACUUCCAAGAGAAGUGGAUCUCGAAGGCCGACUAUGACGAUAUGGGUUCCUCUAAUUUCCACAAUAAAUUCUUUUAAAUGUGUAUUUUGUUGCUUUUGAUGGACAGGUUUAUUUUUUUUAUUUUUUUUUAUUUUUUAUAAUCUUUAACCAUUUAAUUUUCUGGUUAUGUUUUAUGAGAAGUAAAAAAGGCAUCUAUGGUUUUGUGUUGUAUGAUGUAACCCUAUAAUUUGUUUAGAAUUUGGGUGAAGCAAAUAGUAUUCUUGACAUUUAGAUGUAUAAACUAUACAUCAAGUUGUUAUUGAGAAUUCAAAGGCUUUAACUAA